GUAACUACAGAAGGGCUGUCUGUUCUAUUCUUAUAUAUAAUGGAGUAUGAUCACACCAUGUCAGGAGAGGGAUAGUAUUGCCUCAGAAUGGAUGCGCCAGACGGUACACUGCAACCUGCUGGAUGUACGAGUACGGCACAUGGGGAAAGUGAGGACAGCAUUCCAACAGACGCUACAGGGGGAGAUUCGUCGAGACAGUCGGGUGCACAUGCAGUCCCAACAUCUAUCACAGUCAUUGGUGCAUCUCACAGUAAUGUGAACCGGAACGUUGCCAUAGGCAUAAACUAUGGGUCUGUUGUACAAUCUGGCGAAGAUUCGACUUCAAGCAGCCUUCAGGGUGAGAUGGUUUUCUCUGAUGAAACUGAGGAGCUAUACGCAGAGACGAUAUUUAUAGAAACUGGGGCUUAUCGUGAAGUCUGGAAUGCCCUGCAAACAAAGGACCAUGUAUUUAUUUGUGGUUCGCCUGGAUCAGGAAAGACAACAAUGGCCCACUACAUCUCAGGAAAAUACAGAGCAGAGGGACACCGCGUGAUUUGUGUAGAUAAAUUGGAGAACUUUAAGUACAACACACCCACUCAAACAUUACUGGUUUGUGAUAAUGUGUUUGGUACUUUUGCAUCAUCAGCCGAUGUUGUGACGAGUUGUGACGCUAUGUUUGAAUAUUUAGAACAUCAUUUCCAACUUUUGGAAAUGGAAAAGGACGUGAUGCCUUUGAAGGUCAUUAUGACCAGUCGGACAAACGUCUGGAAUAGUGUCUCUCAAAUGGUAAUUAAAUACCAAAAUUCAUUGCUGUCACCUGUCAUAAAUCUGACAAUAUCUACUCCACUUGAUGAUACUGAAAAAGAACAGAUUCUAAAAAAACAUUUGGAAGGAUCGCAAUUUGAUCUAACGCAUGAUGAAAUGUUAGCAGUUGCAAGAUUGGAGUACACGACACUGGGAUUUCCUUACAUAUGCCAACUGUUUGUGAAGAAUUCUUCUCCAAAAAGAAAUGCCUUGGAUUUUUUUAAGGAACCGUGGAUCUACUUGUAUGGUAUAGUAGCUGAUAUCUUUUCAAAAGAAAGGUACAGGGCUGCAGUUCUCCUGCUUAUGAUACUCAAUGAAGGUGGUCUACACUUACAUGAUCUCUUAGAUCCUCAACGGCGAAGGGAUUCCGGACUGGAUAAAAAGAUAUCACAGAUUGGGGAAAUCAUGCCAGACGCUAACAAUCCUUCUGAAAUCAGAAAAUCUGCAAGAAACGAAAAAGAUACACUGAUUGUGCUAUCAAAGAACAAUUGCGCAAAAUUUAGUCACCAAGCUAUUCAUGAUGUUGUGGCAUGCAUUGUGAUUGAUUUAAACCCUGUUGUCGCCUUAGAGAACUGCAGUCUAAAGUUCAUAGUUGACAGAAUUUGGAUUUCAGAAACCAAGAAUACAGGCAUCUCAAAAGAUGGUCAUAUGAAUACGUUCCUUAUUAAUAUUGAAGAUGAUUUAACGGAGAAUCUUGUGCGUCGACUUGGAAGAGAAAUUACUAAUGGUAACUUGUCCCUCUCAUUAUCACAUCAAUGUUUUACCUUUGAGGACCUGGUUGACAAACUCUUCUCCUACUUCCCAGCAGAUAAUAUUUUGUUUCAACGUGACAAGGAUCGAGGAUUCUUAUUCUGGUCGUCAUAUUUGGACACAGGUGCAUUUUGCAAAUACAUUCCACGAAUGCAGCUAUGUGAAUCAGACAUCCUUGAAUGUUAUCUUGGGUGCUGCAUGCAUGGGCACUUGAGCUACUUAAAAGGGCUCGUUGGUCAAUCUGACUCUUUGUUUGACAAAAUAGCCACCACAACUGUCGGGGAGAUCCUGCGUACCAAAGAUAAAACCAGACCGUAUCUUCAAUCUCUUUCUACAGGAAAGAGUAUUACCGCUCCUGCAGUGCCCUCAGACAAAGACUGCCCUCGAGAAUAUGGUGACAACAGAGAUCUGUUAAUCCACGUGGCUGCUGCCAAUGGGUUUACAGAAUGUGUACGUAUACUGCUUGACAUUGUAGGCACAGCGAUUGAUGUUCUUGGGGGAAAUGGUAUGACAGCUCUCAUGCAUGCUUGCUUUCGGGGACACACUGUUUUGGCCCAAAUGCUGCUUGACAGGAGAGCAGAUCCAGAACUAUUAGAUGAAGAGAAAGACAACUGUCUUCAUCUCACGUGCAGAGGAGGAUGCCUUGACGUUGCUAAAUUGCUGCUCAGACAAUCUAUGGAUUUGAACCAAGAUGGUGAAUAUGGAAGAACACCUUUGAUGUACGCUUCGUACAAUGGACAUGAAGAUAUCGUGAAGUUGCUCCUAGAGAAUGGAGCACCCACCUCAGUUGAUUCUGGCUCUGUUACAAACAAAGACAGUUGUCUACAUCUUGCAUGUAAGAAGGGAGAAACCAUUAUUGUAAAGAUACUUCUUGAUCAUGGUAUGAGCAUUGAAGGUGUUAGUGGUGAAAACGAAAGAACGCCUUUAAUGUAUGCGUGUAGGCAUGGGAAGUUGGAAACAGCAAAGGAACUAAAACAAAGACAUGCUGUUUUAGAUAUCGUCGAUAUAAAUAACUUUUCAUGUCUACACUUGGCAGCAAUGAAAGGGCACGUUCCAACCGCUGAGUGGCUUCUACAAUCAGGAAUCACUGUUAACUGUGUUAAUUCAGCAUCAAGAACCCCCUUAAUGUAUGCUUUUCAGAAUGGCCAUAUUGAUAUGGUAACAUUCUUGAGGCAAAAUGAUGCCGACAUGCAGAUGGUGGACGAUAAAAAAACAGCAUGUCUGCACUUUGCAGCAAAAUCUGGUGAUUUGCAUCUGGUUCAACUUUGUCUUGAAUUUGAUCACAAUAUCGAUCCUCUCACAAAAGAAGGCUGGACUCCAACCAUGCUUGCUUGUGAUCAAGGUCACAUUGGUAUUGUAGAGCAACUAGUGAAAAAGGGAGCAGAUAUCAAUCUUGGCAGCGGCUGUUUAUUUGUGGCCUGCAACAAAGGUUGGUUCGACAUUGUGAAAUUUCUAACGUCUAGUAGAGGUGAUAAACGCGCUAACAUUAACAAGCGUGGACUGAGAAAUGUGACCCCAUUAAUAAGAGCGAGUUACCGUGGAUACACAGACAUUGUUGAUCAUUUGCUGUCAUGUGGGGCUGAUGUCCUGUGCAAGGAUGACUAUGGAGGUACAUGCUUACAUGCAGCUUGUGGUGGAGGUCAUCAGGUUGUUGCAGAGAAACUCGUGAGGUUCUUCAAUGUUGAUGAACUUGGUGCCAGUGAUCGUGAACUGAUUGAACUUAUCCGAAGAUUUUCUGACAUGAGUACAGACAAUUAAUUGUGGACGGUUGUCUUCUUUGAUGAUGAUGAUUUGUUUGAAUAUGAAGAUGACAGUGAACUCUCAAAGUGACAUUAGAAGUCAUGUUUUCAAAAUAACACUUUUCAGUGUACAUUUCGGCAGAAUGUACGAAUAAAAGGCCUAUACAUAGUGUACAUGUGUGAUGAAAUGUAAGUAGUUAUUGAUGAUGCUUAGUUAAUGGUAACUAUGUAACUCAAACUCGGACAGGUUCCUAACUAAAAAGCAAGUAAAUUGUUAUUCUACCAUGACAUUGAUAAAUGCUUGAUUCUGAUUGGUUUAAAAGAUGUUUCCUUUUUGCUACUGAAACCCCUUUCAAAUAUAUUAAGCCUUUUCACACAAAAAACCUGCGUAUGAAUACAUGGAUAGCAUACAUAUCGAUUCAUAGAAAAUGGCUGCUGAUCGAUCACCCCCAUAUAUACUGUAAAACAUAUCUAUAUUUCCUCUAAUACACGCUAGGUCUCUAAUACCAGCCAGGUCUCUAAUACACGAGCCGAGUAAAGGGCUCUCGCGAAAUUAAUAGACGGCGUAGUGUCAAAUAGAGGAAAUACGGUAGUUUGAUAUCGGACGUUUGGGGUGUUCUAGGCCGCAACCCUGACUGCUUCGAUGAUGACAUUAAAAGAUUUAACGAAGGCAUAUCUUUUGCAUACAAAUGAAAUGUUUAUGAAACUGUUAGAAAAAUUAUCUAUAGUGACCAUAAUCGGAACAAUUUAAGCUAUUUCCUCAUUGAAACAACCGACAAUGGAAGUAAAAUAAAACAUUAUAAAAAUUGUUUGAAAAAACUUUAUUCAUGACAACAAACCUUUCUGAUCGAUAUUCGUUGCCAUCUCCGUCAACCACCACCGUUAAAAUUUGUCAGGAGGGGAUUUGAAAGUCCAUCAGAAAAAAAAACCCUUCGAAAGUCCACGAAAAACAAUGUUCCAACUGAAGUGACAGCUUAUCAAACUUGAUGAAAUUCAUUUCCGAACACGCACAAUUAAGAAAAUCAUACACAAUCCACUAUUUCUGGGACACAAAUGUCUAAGUUUUGUCACUAUUCGGCUUUAGAUCCGUGAAAUCUUGAAAUUAAUAGGUCACACCAUGCAGAUUCCUCGUUUCAAAAUAUCAGGCUCGUCUGCAGCCUAAAAAGCGGCUGUUCAGUCAUACUCAGUCACAUUGGUAAUCAUAUGGAUGCACCAGCAGGCUCAAUCAAUCCCAGAUAAUCUACCUGUUAAUGUUGAACCACAUCAUAGAUCGGGGUUGUCAUCUUGCUUCUUUCUAUAACUCUUUACCAAGAAUGUAAACACUGAUUGUCAGCUGUGACGUGUGAGUAACCGUGAUGUAGGUCAAUUUCUGCCACAUCAAAGUUCGGGGUGGAGAGCCAUUUAUUUUGAUUUUAUUAUUGUUUACUGGGGGUAAUUGCUAACUAAAUAAUAACACUUACACAUGUUAAAUGUACAAUAGAAUGUUAAUUCAUAAAGUUUGCUCUAGAAAUACAUUCAUUUAGCAUUUUAAAACCUUUUUCUAUUACCCGUCACCCCUACAAUGGAAGUGAUGGCAUGUUCGAUUUCCAAGAAAUGACCGCUCGCACAAAAUUCCGAGAAAUGACAGCCAGUCCACAGUGUACAACAGUGUACAAAAGUUUGGUGGAAAGUAAAACAUCUCUCUUUGGACUAAGUUACGAGUGUUAUUUGUCAACUUCUUUUGAAAAAAUACGUGUUUUGAACACUUAUUAUGAACUACUCACGACUAUGGUGUUUUUAAUCUUGAACUUUAGUAAUAAUUGUUACAUAUAUAACUACCU